AUGGCAGCACGCAGAGCACCAGCACGAAUGCCGACCCAAGCUCGUUCCCCACCCGCCUCUGCCGCCCAAGUCCACUCCCAGCACGCCUCCGCACAAGCCUCUGCCUCCGCACAAGCCUCUGCCUCCGCACAACAAUCAACCCAACAAGACGCACUUUCCGUCCUUCUCGUCACCGCAGGCUACGACCACACGAUUCGAUUCUGGGAAGCAUGGUCCGGCAUAUGUUCCCGCACGAUCCAACAUCCAGACUCCCAAGUCAAUCGUCUAUCUAUCUCUCCUGAUAAACGCUUCCUCGCAGCUGCAGCAAACACUCACAUCCGAUUAUACGAUUGUUCACUAGCAUCCCCUUCAGCCAUCGCCGCUGCCAACGCGGGAGCCGGUGGUGCGGGAGGAAACAACGUCGGCGCUCCCGCACAACCCAUCGCAACUUUGGAAGGACAUCAAGGGAAUGUAACAGCGAUCGCAUGGCAUUGCGAUAUGCAGUGGUUGGUAUCCGGUGGUGAAGAUGGCUUGUUGAAGAUUUGGGACUUGAGAACUUCGAGAGCUACGAGGAUAUACGAUCAUAGAGGGCCGGUCAACGAUGUUGUUGUUCAUCCCAAUCAGGGCGAGUUGGUAAGCUGUGAUCAGAAUGGAAGUGUGAAAGUGUGGGAUUUGGGUCAGAACGGAUGCAGUCAUGAGUUGGUGCCGGAAGAAGGUGUGCCCAUCCGCUCCGUUACCGUUGCUGCCGAUGGCAGUUGUUUAGUGGCGGGCAAUAAUACAGGAAAGGUGUAUGUUUGGAGGUUUAUCAAUGGAACCUAUGAGACUCAGCAGGGUCAGACUCCUUCGCCUGCGGUUGCAGGUGGUGAUUUUACCGAGUUGCAACCUGUAACUACGUUCCAAGCGCACGAAAAGUACUUGACCAGAGUACUGCUGUCGCCGGAUGUCAGACACCUGGCAACAUGCUCAGCAGACGCCACAGUCAAAAUCUGGUCUACAUCACGAUACGAGUUUGCCCUCGAGAAAACCCUCGUCGGCCAUCAGCGUUGGGUGUGGGAUGCAGCUUUCAGUGCCGAUUCGGCUUAUCUCGUCACUGCUUCUUCCGAUCAUGUUGCACGGUUGUGGGAGUUGGCGUCAGGAGAAACGGUGAGGCAGUAUAAUGGGCAUCACAGAGCUGCAGUCUGUGUCGCCUUGAAUGAUGCUUCUCUUGGAGGGGCAUAG